GGGAGUUUAUUUCAGCCUCAUCUUUCACCCCCGGGCUCUCCGCGUCGCUUUUGGUUAAGGAAAGGAAAGGAAAGGAAAGAGAUGCCUACUUCGGCCAGGCGACGCCGAAGGGAGCGAAUUUCAGAAAGUUUGCCCAAGUCAGGGGAGGGUUCGCCGAGCUCAUUGGAGGAUGCUGGCUUCAUUUGAAGCCUAGAAAGAGUUCACAAGCAUAAACAGGAAAGCCUUACAUCACUCUUGUGUCUGUGUGUGUAGGGGAGGAGCCCUGCCUGCUCUCCACUCGCCACUCUUUGUGGUCAUGAAUUGAGCGGAGGGCGCAAAGAAGAGAGGGAGAGAUCUUCGCCUUUCAAGCCAGGCGAAGAAGCGCCUGCCAGAGGAUUGCUUAGAGCGGGGCUCCUACGACUCACCAUGCCCCUUCGGAGCGCUGAGGAGAAACCUAAGGAUGAAAUUGCUUUGGAGAGCUAAAAUGAGCUCAAUCCAAGACUGGGGUGAAGAGAUAGAGGAAGGAGCAGUUUACCAUGUCACCCUCAAAAGAGUACAGAUUCAACAAGCCGCCAACAAAGGAGCAAGAUGGCUAGGGGUUGAAGGGGACCAACUUCCUCCAGGACACACUGUCAGCCAAUAUGAAACCUGUAAGAUCAGGACAAUAAAGGCAGGUACUUUAGAGAAGCUUGUGGAGAACCUAUUGACAGCAUUUGGAGACAAUGACUUUACCUACAUCAGCAUAUUUCUAUCAACAUACCGAGGAUUUGCAUCUACAAAGGAAGUUCUGGAAUUGCUCCUUGAUAGAUAUGGAAAUCUGGAGAUCUCAAACUGUGAAGAAGAUGGGAGCCAGAACAAUACAGAGACCAAAACAGUACUCAGGAAUGCCAUAGCUUCAAUACUGAGAGCCUGGUUAGACCAAUGCUCGGAAGAUUUCCAAGAGCCACCUCGUUUCCUUUGUUUGCAGAAACUGCUGGAUUAUCUGACCAGGAUCAUGCCAGGCUCGGACCCUGAAAGAAGGGCACAACAACUCUUGGAGCAGUUUCAGAAGCAAGAAGUAAACAACAGUAAGGAUAUUCUAAGCACUAGCCAUUGUGAUAUAUUUGCAACUGAAGAAGAAACAGAGAUUAGUGGAUCAGAAGAAUUUUCUUCUUUCCCAGAAGACCUGGUAGCAGAACAGUUAACUUACAUGGAUGCUACACUGUUUAAAAGAGUGGUGCCACACCACUGUUUGGGCUGCAUCUGGUCUCAGAGAGAUAAGAAAGAAAACAAACACUUGGCUCCCACCAUCAGAGCUACUAUUGCACAGUUCAAUGCAGUCACCAAAUGCGUCAUCAGGACCAUUUUGAAUGGCAAGGAGCUGAAAACGCAUCAGCGCGCCAAGAUCAUAGAGAAGUGGAUCAAUAUUGCCCAUGAAUGUAGGAUUCUUAAGAAUUUCUCCUCUUUGAGAGCCAUCGUUUCAGCACUUCAGUCCAACUCCAUCUAUCGGUUAAAGAAAAGCUGGGCAUGUGUUGCAAAAGAUAGAACGUUGAUGUUUGAAGAGCUAUCAGAAAUUUUCUCAGAUCAUGACAACUAUUUGACAAGUCGGGAGCUGCUAAUGAGGGAAGGAACAUCUAAAUUUGCAAAUUUGGACAGUAAUGUAAAAGAGAACCAGAAGAGAACCCAGAGGCGGCUUCAACUGCAAAAAGAUAUGGGUGUAAUGCAAGGCACUGUUCCUUACCUUGGUACUUUCUUAACGGAUUUGACAAUGCUUGAUACGGCUCUCCAGGACUAUGUAGAGGGAGGGCUAAUAAAUUUUGAGAAGAGAAGGCGGGAAUUUGAAGUAAUUGCUCAGAUUAAACUCCUACAGUCUUCCUGUAAUAGCUACUGCAUGACUUCAGACAAAAAAUUCAUCCAGUGGUUCCAGAAACAGCGACAAUUAACGGAGGAAGAAAGCUAUGCCCUUUCCUGUGAGGUUGAAGCAGCCAUCGACACAACCACCACAUCCCCCAAACCGCGGAAGAGCAUGGUGAAACGGCUGAGCCUCUUAUUUCUGGGACCUGAUGUGAUUGCUAAUAGCACGCCUACCAAAGAGCAGCCCAAGUCCGUACCAAGUGGGAGCUCCGGGGAAAGCAUGGAUUCGGUCAGCGUAUCGUCCUGCGAGUCAAACCAUUCCGAAUCGGAGGACAUCUGCAUCACUCCUACGGAUACCCCUGAUGAGGCCCAAAAGAAACUCACAGAGUCCUCCUCCUCUUGUUCCUCCAUCCACUCCAUGGAUACGUCUUCAUCAGGAGUAUCAUCCUUCACCAAUGUCCUUGUGUCUCCUCCUUCACUGGCCAGCAAUCCCAGAAUCCACAAACGCUCCAUCUCUGUCACCUCCAUUACCUCAACAGUCUCCUCUCCUGUUUACAACCAACAGAACGAAGAUACCUGUAUCAUCCGUAUCAGUGUUGAAGACAAUAAUGGCAACAUGUAUAAGAGCAUUAUGCUAACUAGCCAAGACAAGACUCCUGCUGUCAUCCAGCGAGCAAUGUUGAAACACAACCUGGAAUCAGAUCCUGCUGAGGAUUAUGAACUUGUGCAGGUCAUUUCUGAGGACAAAGAACUGGUCAUCCCAGAUAGCGCAAACGUCUUUUAUGCCAUGAACAGCCAGGUGAACUUUGACUUUGUCCUGCGGAAGAAAAACUCCCUAGAUGGGCAAGUGAAACUGAGAAACCGCUCCAGCUUGACUCUUCCCAGGACCAAUAGGAGGGGCUGCUGGAGCAACAGAAACAGCAAAAUUACCCUUUGAGGGUGGAUCAGCCCAACACCGAAGAGGUGGGCUUGAAGGACCAUUGCAGAGACUACCUACGUGGAGAUGACCGUGUCAGUAUUCAGCUUUGGAGAGUACAAAGCUAACACUUGCUAUAAAUAAGCACACAUUGAGUUAGUUACAGAGAACAGACAAAAAGGUCCUGAAUGGAUUUGCACCCCGUAGGCACUUUUUUCUUCUCCCUUUUACACCCAGUCCAUAAAUUUCUAUCGGAUAGACAAAGAAUAUGCAGCUGAUGCUCCAGCCUUACCACAGACUCUUCGCCUCUUUUCAGUUUUGACAGUAUUAAUUUGAAGUGUUGUCGAUGCGCUUUUAUAAAUGGAAGAAGGCAUUUUAAUCACUUGUGUUCUUACCAGAGGCGAAAGAGCAUCAGACUAACCACUGGCUGAUGACAAUGCUGGGAGAUGACUGGUAGAGUCGGGCCGCUUUGGUAGAGACAGCCCAGCUUCUGAAACAAGGGGAAUUAGCCUUGUCUUAAAAUUCUCUCCCUGCCGUUUGUUUUUAAGUCAUCCCAGCUUCCAGGCCUUUUAGGCAUGCUGGAAGAAUCCAUUUCCUGCUCUGGGAAUCACCUAUUCACCGAUGACUAUAUGAAUGCACACCACUUGCUCUUAAUGCCACUAUGUUGUUUUCUUUAUGCUUUGCUAUUUCUUUUUUAAUUGGGUGAGUGUAUGUGUGCAGGUAUGUGUGUGUUUGUGUGUAUAUAUAUAAAUAUAUAAAUAUAUAAAAAGUCAAAAUACA